AUCCGUGCGCUCCGUAGUCUGACUUCGGAAGACAACAAGAGCAGUACUUACAUAGGUUUGUCACGAAGUUCGAUAAUGCUUCUGAAUGAAUUUCACCCAUGCAAGCUUGAUUCUGCUCAGCGAUUUAAUGUCUUGUAGCAGUCGGCCUCACCCGAAGAGCUACUUCAGCCGCCUGGUUUGUUAAUUCGUGACAUCGCCAGCAUGGCAGCCCAUACAAGUGGCGAGCACAGAAAUGUCCUGCUCCUGAUUGCGGAUGAUCUAGGACGUGACUAUCUCCAUUGCUAUGGCUGUAAUACCAUACAAACUCCCCACCUGGACACAUUAGCAGCAGAAGGUACACGCUUUACCAACGCUUAUGCAAGCACCGCAUCCUGCAGCGGGAGCCGAUCAACCAUAUACACCGGCUUGCAUACUCACCAGAACGGUCAGUAUGGACUUGAGCAUCAAUGGAACCACUUCAUGACCCAUGAACACAUCGACACUGUACCCGUCAUCUUCAACUCUCUAGGCUACCAGACAGGCAUCAUUGGCAAAGUGCACGUCGGGCCGCGGAGAGUGUAUCCUUGGGAAGUGUUCGACUCUUCAGAAAGCCGGAAUGUCAAGUGGGUCGCUGAGCGGGCGGCUUCUUUCUUCGACAAGGCGCAAGACUCGAAGCGACCGUUUCACCUCACCGUGGGCUUCCAUGAUCCACACCGGGAUGAGACCCGUGGAGGCUUUGCCAACGACAACAAGGAAGUCUUGGAUGCUAACCUCGACAAAGAAGUACCAGACUACGAUGCCAACGCGGUCGAGGUCCAGUCUUUCAUGACUGAUGUGGAAGAGCUCCGCACGGAGCUGGUGCAGUAUUACAAGAGUAUCAGUCGCAUGGACCUCGGAGUUGGACUGAUUCUAAGCGAGUUAAAGCAGCGUGGCCUUGACAAGAACACUUUCAUAGUGUUCGUCAGCGAUAACGGUGCACCCUUCAUCAACUCAAAGACGACGUUGUACGAUGCUGGCGUGCAAUUGCCUUUGCUCAUAAAGCAACCUGGACAGACCGCCGGCAUUGUCAACCCCAACAUGGCAUCGUGGCUAGACAUCGUGCCUACCGCGCUCGCAUGGGCGGGCAAGCGCGAUGAUGAUGUCAAGACUCCCAAUGGAACCAAGUCGCCCAAGCGUCUCGGCAAUUCCCUGCUCCCGAUCCUGCAAGAAGCGAGUCUCUUGCCACGAACGGAGUGGAAGCACCAUGUCUUUGGAUCGCACACUUUCCAUGAAGUUCAGAACUACUGGCCGACCCGGUUCAUUCGCACGCACAAAUACAAGUACCAUCGUAACAUAGCUUACAAGCUCGACUUCCCAUUUGCGGCCGAUCUAUACGGCAGUCUUACCUGGGAAGGUGUCCGCAACAAAGACGGCCCGGUGAAGAUCGGGAAGCGACCGCUUCAGCAGUACCUCUUCCGCGGAAUCGAGGAGCUGUACGACGUGGAGGCCGAUGCGGACGAAGUUGUGAACCUUGCUGAGAAGCCAGAGUACGAGGUGGUGUUGCAGUGGUGCCGGGAGAUGGUUGAGGCAUGGCAGUACGAGACCAAAGAUCCAUGGCUGUACAAAGACGGUGUGUCCGCCACGGUCAUGGAACUGUACACGAAGCAGGGUUUGAAGCUUCCAGAUCGAUUCGAACUUGAUCUGAAAGACCCCGGCACUCGCAACGUCAAGGCUUGGGAGCCGCCGAAACCACCAACGGGGUCGGAGCCUCAAAUUGGCAACUCAGUAUCAACGCAGUCAGUGUUCGGUACAGUGAGUGGGUGGCUGCAGGGCAAGAAGUAGGCGGUAUAGUGGUUGCCGUUCUUCCUACACCGCUACAGAUUGUGCUCCGUAGCACGCGCAUUUAAGAGAUACAUCCUUUCAACCCUCAACAG